AUGGUCCAUCUAAGGCUCAAUGACCCCGAUACCAGUCGUAAUCCGCACAUUAAUUUCGUCCAUGCUUUUCCAGACCUACCAGACUCAGCAGAAGCACAGCAGCGGCUCCUGCAGGUUGCCGCCCUCUUUCGACCGGUCAUGAAAGACCUCCAUCUUACUGUCAACAGCCUUGUAGAGUAUGAAUACAAUCGUGAAUUCGCUGGCCGCAACUGGAAUGCAGGAGAAUCAAUCGAGCUUGUUCUGCGCAAGCCCAAUGGCGGCUGGUUCUCACUGCGCACAGUUGCGUUUGUCAUGUCGCACGAACUCGCCCACAUCAGACAUAUGAAUCACUUGCGGCCCCACACGGAGCUGGCGCGCGAGAUACAAGCCAAGGUGGAAGCCUUGAUUCUCAAAGGCUACUUUGGAGACGGUUUCUGGUCGUCCGGCUAUCGAUUGUCUGAUGGCGAAUUGCACACAGAUGAGACCGCGGUCAGCCAGGAGCUAUCACGAGCAGCUACGACGUCUUUGUGCGGAGGGGCCCGUCAGGGAGUCUGGAAGGGCCGAUCAAAUAGCAAGAAACGAUCUUCCUCCAUUCGAAAUACUGCUGCUGCUGAAGAUGAGCCACCUAAGGCUGGCCCAUCGGGCAACUCUCGGCCUGGGAGAGGCUUCAAAGGACCGUCGCUGCGCACUGGGCCGCAAACGCCUAAGAACACGGAGCAAACAUUCUCCAAGAGACUAAGAAGGGCUCUCCCGGGGGCUGGGAGGCGUGUUGAUGAUGCCAAAGCGUCGCCUCACGAUUCAUCAACCGCAUAUCCAACCAAAUACAAGCGCACGCAAUCUCAAAUGGCCAGGAAUGAGAGACUGCAGGCUGUUGAAAGACGUAUGGCUGGCAGUACGCUCACUUCAACGGCUCGCAGCUUUCAAGGCCUUCAAGAUCAGGAUCCGAAUGCGCCCAGCUGUACAAAUGCAGGGGCUACUUCGAGCACUUCGAGCGAAGCCCCCGCCCAGGAGUUUAGCAAGACAAAGCUCGAGCCAAAGGACGAAUGUUUCACUCUACAACCUGGUUUGAUCGGCCCAUUAUCGUUGGGCCCGUCUUCGGGAGGUUUCGCACGGAAUAGUGCCGCACACAAGCCUAUCGCAAGGAAGGUUGAAGUCAUACGAUUAGUGGACAGCAGCGAUGAUGAAGCACAAUAA